AGGUCUUGUGAUUGUGGGAUCAUCAGCCAGCCGGUGGCAAAGGACAAAGCUGCGGGCCUUGACUAUCUUGGAUCAGCACAAAGAGCCAGCAAAAGAACGCCUCGUAGGAACAGAACAGUCUCCGACACGCUUCCUCCUCCUCCUCCUCCUCCUCCUCCUCCGUGUUGUCGCUUGCAGCAUUCCCUCCUCCUCCGCCAUGGGGUCGGCUUCGUCCAAGGAGGACUCCGCUUCGGCCACGACCCCCGAGGCCUCGGUCCCCUUCAGCCUCACCGACGUCUUCCUCUUCUCCAUCAUCAUCGGCCUCUUGACCUACUGGUUCUUCUUCCGCAAGAAGAAAGAGGAGGUCCCCGACUUCGCCAAGAUCCAGACGCCGUCCCCAGGGCAGACGACGAACGACAGCAGCUUCAUUGAGAAAAUGAAAAAGACGGGGAAAAACAUUGUCGUCUUCUACGGCUCCCAGACGGGGACAGCCGAGGAGUUCGCAAACCGCCUCGCCAAGGACGCCCAUCGCUACGGGAUGCGGGGCAUGUCUGCCGACCCCGAGGAGUACAACUUGUCUGACCUGAACCGCCUCCCCGAGAUCGACAAAUCCCUGGCGGUCUUCUGCAUGGCCACCUACGGCGAGGGAGACCCCACAGACAACGCCCAGGACUUCUACGACUGGCUGCAGGAGACGGACGCCGAUCUGUCCGGCCUCAAGUUUGCGGUCUUUGGGCUCGGGAACAAGACCUACGAACACUUCAACGCCAUGGGGAAGUACGUGGACAAGCGGAUGGAGGAGUUGGGAGCCCAGCGGAUCUUCGAGCUCGGCUUGGGUGACGACGAUGGCAACCUGGAGGAAGACUUCAUCACGUGGCGGGAACAGUUCUGGCCGGCCGUCUGCGAACACUUUGGCGUGGAGGCGACGGGAGACGAAUCCAGUAUACGCCAAUACGAGCUGGUCGUCCACACGGACAUCAACGCCAACAAGGUUUACACCGGGGAGAUGGGCCGGCUGAAGAGUUUCGAGAACCAGAAACCGCCGUUUGAUGCCAAAAACCCCUUCUUGGCUCCUGUGAUGGUGAACCGGAAGCUGAACCAAGGUGGGGAGCGGCACCUCAUGCACCUCGAGGUGGACAUCACCGGGUCCAAAAUCAGGUACGAGUCCGGGGACCAUGUGGCCGUCUACCCCUGCAAUGACACUUCACUAGUGAACCAGCUGGGAGAGAUCCUGGGCGCCGAUUUGGAUACAGUCAUUUCCCUAAACAACCUGGAUGAGGAGUCCAACAAGAAGCACCCCUUCCCAUGCCCGACCACCUACCGGACGGCGCUGACCCACUACCUGGACAUCACCAACCCACCGCGCACCAACGUCCUCUACGAACUGGCCCAGUACGCCACUUCCCCCGAGGAGCAGGAGCACCUGCGCAAGAUGGCCUCCUCCUCUGCCGAAGGGAAGGCCUUGUACCUUAGCUGGGUGGUGGAGGCCCGGAGGAACAUCCUGGCCAUCUUGCAAGACACGCCGUCCUUGCGGCCGCCCAUCGACCACCUCUGCGAGCUCCUGCCUCGCCUCCAGGCACGCUACUACUCCAUCGCCUCUUCCUCCAAGGUGCAUUCGAACUCCAUCCACAUCUGUGCGGUGGUGGUGGAGUACACCACCAAGACGGGGCGGGUCAACAAAGGGGUGGCCACCAAUUGGCUCAAGAGCAAGCAGCCCAUGGACAACGGGCACAAGUCCGUGGUGCCCAUGUACGUCCGCAAGUCCCAGUUCCGGCUGCCCUUCAAGUCCACCACGCCUGUCCUCAUGAUCGGGCCCGGCACCGGCGUGGCCCCCUUCAUCGGCUUCAUCCAGGAGCGCGGAUGGCACAAGAAGCAAGGCAAAGAUGUAGGCGAGACAGUGCUCUACUAUGGCUGCCGGCACGAGAAUGAGGACUACCUCUACAAGGAGGAACUGGCCAACUUCCUCAAGGAGGGAGCCCUCACCCAGCUCCACGUGGCCUUCUCCCGGGAUCAGGCCCAGAAGGUUUACGUCCAGCACCUGUUGAAGAAGAACAAGGAGAGCGUUUGGAAGCUGAUCAACGAAGACAACGGCCACAUCUAUGUCUGCGGGGACGCCCGCAACAUGGCUCGCGACGUGCAGAACACCUUCUACGAGAUCGUGGCCGAGUUCGGCAAGAUGGACCAGCCGCAGGCGGUGGACUACAUCAAGAAGCUCAUGACCAAGGGCCGCUACUCCUUGGACAUCUGGAGUUAAGACGGGGGGAGGAGGACGAGGAGGAGGAGAAGGAGGAGGUGGUUGUUUUGCUUCUCAAAGGGUUAGCGGAAGGGGAGAAAGUGGCCGAGCAGGUCCCUCCGCUGCCACUCCAUCCAUUCCCUUUUGGGACUUUUGGCGCUCUUUUGCGAGGAGCGGGAUUUGCGUGAGAAAACACACCCUUUCCUUCCCCUUCCCUCCUUUAUCGCCUGCUUCUUUCGCGGGAGCCUCUGCACCAUUGAGGGAGUGCCCAUCUUCCUUCCUCAAGGUGUCUUCCGGUCUUUCUUUUUGUGUCUUGAGAGCGUCUCUUUUUGGCGAGCCGCCUCCACCGGCCCCAGACUCAAAACGACGGCGGUGGCGCUCUUCUCCUCCUCAUCCUUCUCGCUUUAUUUCCUUCGGCCUGUUAAACAGUCCGGAUUUGUUCCGAAACCCGUUCGGGGAGGAGCUUUUGGUGGCCGCUUGGCUUUUUUUUCUCUCUCUUCCUUCUCAAGCUCCGACAAGAUGGGGAAACAGGGCAGGAAAACGGCUCAUUUCGAGGCCACUUUCCUUCGGAGUGGAGGGCUUCGCUUCCGUCUUCUUGCUCCCCGACUCAGCGGAGAAGCCUUUUCUGAUCGCCCGCCGAACUUAAUGCUUCUCCGGUCAAAUUUGCUCCUUCGGUGGAAGGAAAACCCUCGAAACGCUGUGGCGGCGGAGGAGGGAAUUUGGGUGGCAGGGCCUUCCCGUCGUGGCCUCGCUUGCUCCUUUCCGCACAUUGAAGCUGCUAUGGGGCUCCAAUAUUUGCAUUCGGUGAUCCUGAUGACUGUCCGCCGAAUGUACAUACGGUUCAGGAGACUUGCUCUUCGAAUAAAAACAACCCUUGGUUCUUUUGCACCA